ACUAAUGGUUCUUUUUGCUGCCAAUGCAUACGAAGUUGAUGCUGCAGAUGUUGAGUUAUUCACUAGUGACUCACAAGAAGAGUAUGCUUUAAAUGAUGUUGCAUAUGAAAACAACGAUGAAGAAAAUGAUGAUGAGUAUGAGAUUGAAGACAAUGAAGAAGAAGAAAAUGUAGAGGAUGACAUAGAGGAAGAAGAAGAAAAUGAAGAAGAAAAUGAAGACAUUGAAGACAUGAAUGAAUUUGAUAAUGAUGACUAUGAAGAAUAUCAACUUGGUGAUAAUGAAGAAGAUAUGUUCCUUGAUGAUGACCUUGAUGCUGAACUUGAUGAAGAUCUUGAGGCUCUUGAAGGAGAAGAAGAUGAUGAUGAUGAGGAAGAAGAAGAAAAUGAAGAAGAGAUUGAAGAUGUUGAUGAAACUGAAGAUAUAGAAUAUUCUUUGACUGAUGAUUAUUUAACAUAUUAUGCAAGCCGUUAUUAUGUUGACCCAUUCGCCCAAUUCUUUGAUGGGUUCUCAGGUACUCUCCCAGGUAUGCCAUAUGCAUUCUAAUUUCAGCGUUUGUUUAAUGCAUAAAUUAGAACAACUGAAAUCAGUUAAUAUUUAUUUCUUUUACUAAGAUUUUUAU